AAGUGGGCGCUAAUAUUAGCGGAAGUGACGCAAUAUUAUUGUGCCUCUGCUAAAGUUCUCCCCCCUCUAAGCUCUAAAACCAUUUGCUAUCGUCCAGCGCAGUUUUGCGAAAGCUCAAAAAUAAAACAGUAAGCUGCGUUAAAACAUGCCGUCUGGCAGACAAUUUAGGCGGAGAAGGAACUCGUCGGAUGUGGAGGAGGAUGAGACAACUAAAGAAGUCAGAUCAAAAGUAGAAGAGGCUAAAGAGCUUCAGAGUUUGAGGAAACGACAGACCGGAGUGAGUGUGUCUGCCCUGUUGGUUGGGGAUUUACUGCCACCAGAAGUUGAGGGUGAUAAUGACCCUUUUAAGCUGAAGACUGGAGGGGUUGUAGACAUGAAGAAAAUCAAAGAUAGGAAUAGGGACAUGACAGAAGAGGAGACGGACCUGAACCUGGGCACCUCCUUUUCUGCUGAAACUAACAGAAGAGACGAGGAUGCGGACAUGAUGAAAUAUAUUGAGACCGAGCUGAAAAAGAAGAAGGGGUUGGUGGAAGCCGAGGAACAGAAAGUUAAGGUGAAGAAUGCAGAGGACCACUUGUAUGAGCUGCCCGAGAGCAUCCGAGUCAACUCUGCCAAGAAGACGGAGGAAAUGUUGUCCAAUCAGAUGCUGAGUGGGAUCCCUGAAGUCGAUCUUGGCAUUGAUGCAAAGAUUAAGAACAUCAUCCAGACAGAGGAUGCAAAAGCCAAGCUUCUGCAAGAACAAAGGAACAAGAAAAAAGACCACGGCACAUCAUUUGUACCCACCAACAUCGCUGUCAACUACGUCCAACACAACCGCUUCUAUCAUGAGGAUGUGAACGCACCACAGCGGCACCACAGACACAGAGAAGAGCCCAAAGCAAGGCCGCUGCGUGUGGGAGACACUGAGAAACCAGGUCCAGAGGGUAAGAUUGCGACACCACCCAACUACCGCAAACGUCCAAACAACGAAAAGGCCACAGAUGACUACCAUUACGAGAAGUUCAAGAAGAUGAAUCGACGAUACUGAGGAACUGGAUGUUGUUUUUUCAAGAAUAAAUUACUCAACUUGAUGUCCAUCUUUAUAAAGAUUGAGGCCUCUAGAUGAGUUAUGAAGAUCAUUUGCAGACUGUUUUUCUCAAACAACUGUUAAAGACUCCCAAGCUGGUGUAGUUCUUGUAAAAUAUUGUAAAAAAGCUCCUUGUGGUUAUCUGUAUAGAGUACAUUUGCUUUGUGAUGUGUUAACGGAGAAUCCCCACCGUUGAGGAAAUCAUGUGUCUUACAUGGUUUCCUGAUAACCAAGGAGUCAGCCAAGGAAUACAGGAAUAACAUAAGAUAUGUUAAAUUGAGUGGCAUUCCUGCUCUGAAUUGUGAGAUUCGCUUUUUAGUCCACAGUUAAAUGUUAACUUUUAGUUUAGAAUUGUGUUUUUAGCGCUUUAAAAAGAUUAAAAAAACAACAUAAAACCA